GCAACCCACUAGUACUGCGCCUAUGCAAGCGCCUUUGAGCAUCCAUUUCAUAAUAAUUGGAGGAGGCAUUAGCGGAUUGUCGGCCGCAAUAGCACUCCGUCGCGUUGGACACGAGGUGACAGUCCUGGAGAAGGGCGAUGGGCGGACGAAUAAAGGGUAUGGUGGCGUGCGCAUGGCCCCAAAUAUGUCCAAAAUCUUGUUUCAUUGGGGAUUGAGGGACAAAUUGUUGCAAGUGGCAGCACCUUCAAAGCCGCUACUAUUCUCAAAAUUCGAGACUGGGGAGGUUCUUGGGACUCAGCUUUGGAGCGAUGAGCUUCUCGCGGAGACCAGAGGACAAUUCAUGUGCACAACGCACGCCGAACUCCUUCAAUUCUUCUAUGAGAGUGCUGUGGCUCACGGCGCGAAAAUCCGCCUCAGCACGGAAGUCAGCGAAAUUGACCCAGAAGAAGCUAAAGUCACGUUGUCUACUGGAGAGGUCUUGACUGGCGACGUCAUCAUCGGUGCUGAUGGCGAGAGAGGGUUGUGUCGGAGACUUGUGCUUGGCCGCCCGGAACGUGUGACGCCAAGCGGUGUAACCUUGUUUGACACCAUCUACAGUACAGACCGCGUAAUGCAAGGGGUUGAUGAGGAGCUGGCCAAAUUGUGUGCUCUUGAAGACAACACAGUAUUCGUUGCGUUCGGGGCCAAUCGUGCUGCCACCGGAUAUCCAGUACACAAGCGGAAAGAUAUUGCGUUC